CACACACACACACACACACCCUCACACAGCUCUGCUUCUCCUCCAGCUCUCGUCUCUCAGGCUCAGUCAUGGCUCGCUGCAGAAGUUACUUACGAGGACUCGCCAUCUGUGUCACUGUGUUGCUAAUGGCGUCUGGCGUCGUGAUGAUCGGCGUCGGAUUCUCCUCCAUCGACGGCAACAUACCUGUUGCCGUGUUGUUCAACCAGUUGUCCAGUAGUGAUGGUUUACUCGUCCUCCAGGUGUUUGGUCCCAUCACUGUGCUUUUGUCUGUUGUGGGCGUCUGUGCUGCGUCUUUAGACCUGAAACCUCUGCUGCUGGUGUUCUCUGCUCUGAUUUUCGUGGAGUUCGUGGCUCUGAUCGUCGUGGCCGCUCCGCUGGUCCAGGUUCAGGCUCAGAUGGACAGCGCUGUGGACGAGGUGUUUCAGAACGUGACUCCUCUGCACAGAGCGGAACGUUACAUCCAGAGUCAACUGAACAAACUGCAGACUUCAGACUCGUGUUGUGGUUUGAGGAGUUUUGAAGACUGGGAAAAUCAACUUCCUGUUUCCUGUUUCUGCUCGCCGGCUCCUCCCUCCUCCGACCUGCAGCUGAGCUCUCGGCCUGGUAACUGGAGCUCAGACCGGCGCUGUGUGAUGGCCAACCCCCCCACCCCACAGCCCACUGAUGAAUUAUGGGUUCACUCUGAGCCCUGCGGCCCCGUCCUGAAGAGCUACUUGAGUUUCCCCAUAAAACUCAGGAUCGGAAUCAUUUCAGCGUUCGCCACCAUCACGAUGGCGGCCAUCGCUCUGUGUCUGGCUUUGGGUCUGGAGGAAUACUGGAAGACGCCUCCCGUAGAAACCACCGUCGACGACUACAACCGAGUAAAAUACCAACCAAAACCCUCCCACACCUGACCCCUCCCCCCUCCACAGAGUCCUGCAGACGCUGCCGACAUGGAACUCCAAGAACAACCUCCUCCCUCCGAGCUUCAUCAUCAUCGUUCAGUCAGACAGGAACAACAUGGGGCCUCUUCAGGGGGGAGGAGAGGCUGGUGACAUUUCUCCAGAAGAUCUGGCGGAAGUCUGCAAUUUAAAAUAAUUAGUAAUUGGCUCGAUUUCCCUUUAGCUCCAGAGACGUCAGGUUGUUUCAACAAUAAUUUAAAACAGGGAAGGAUCCAGAAACCACGGAGAUUCAGGACAGCUCCUAUCUCAGAUGUUUGUCGUGAUUCUGAAGUGAUUUGUGGAGAAUAAUCUCCGACAGCAGCUGAACUGAGACGAGAUCUUUCCUCCUAAACUUAACAUCAGGACUUCAGGGACGAGAGCCUUCGUCUAAAAAAAUUGUUACGUCUGUUAGCUGAGAUAAAACGUUUGAUAAAUACUUUAUAGAUAAAGCUCUCUCCUGUUUAGUAAUGUGUGUGUGUGUGUGUGUGUGUGUGUGUGUGUGUGUGUGUGUGUGUGUGUGUGGGUGUGGUCUGGAGUUGAAGUUUCCUCCUGCGGCCACAGUGAGGCAGUAUUGUGUAUUGUGCACAGCCUCAAGCGUUUUCACCACAUUUCACUUAGUGAGCACUUUAUUAGGAACACCACACCGACACGGCUUUGAUCUGGAAACUUUCCUUUGAAAUCCUGCGUGGACGCGAUCCGUUGAGAUUCCGGGUCGUCACUGAACUGCUGUAGGCAACAACACAAUGUAACUGUGAUGGCAC